AUGAGCGCGCUGCAGGCUCUGGAUCGAGUCGAGCUGUGUGACAGUCUCCUGACGUGGCACAAUAACAGUUUGAGUCGGGUUGGAUUGUCUUUCAGAGCUCCUGAAUGCAGAAACCCUUUCCAUUGUGCAAACCUGAGAGAAAGCGGGAUCCACACGUUCGCUGUGGACGCCCCGUGUUCAGCGGUGGACCAGAUGACCAGUGGAGUGGCCAUGGCACAAGUCCUGCAGAAAAUAGAUGGCAUGUAUUUCACUGACGCUUGGGUCAGUCGUAUCAAACCUGAUGUUGGAGACAACUGGAGGUUAAAGACCAGCAAUUUAAAGAAGAUAUUGAAAGGUAUUCUGGAUUACAAUCAUGAGGUGUUGGGGCAGCAGAUCAAUGACUUCACUCCUCCAGACGUCAAUCUCAUCGCAGAGCAUUCAGAUUCAUCUGAACUGGGCAGAAUGCUGCAGCUCAUCCUGGGCUGCGCUGUUAACUGCGAACAGAAACAGGAACAUAUCCAGACCAUCAUGAUGAUGGAGGAGUCUGUGCAGCACGUGGUCAUGACGGCCAUCCAGGAGCUGAUGAGUAAAGAGACGCCUGUGUCCUCAGGAAGCGACUCGUACGUCGAUCUGGACCGUCAGCUGAAGAAGACGGUGGAGGAGCUGAACGACGCUCUGGCCACUAAAGAGGAGAUCGCUCAGAGGUGUCACGAGCUGGACAUGCAGGCGUACCUCGUCCAAGAGGAGCGAGAUACACUGAGGUUAGAAUGUGUUGAUCUAGAAGAGAGGGUGGCGGCGCUCCAGGAGGAGAAGAGCAGUCUUCUGGCUGAGAACCAGGUUCUGAUGGAGCGUCUGAACCAGUCGGACUCCAUCGAGGAUCUGAACAGUCCGGCGGGACGCAGACACCUGCAGCUUCAGACGCAGCUGGAGCAGCUCCAGGAGGAGAUCUUCAGAUUGGAGGUGGCUAAAGAUGAUUACCGCAUCCGCUGUGAGGAGCUGGAGAAGGAGCUGAUGGAGGUCAGAGGUCAGAAUGAGGAGCUGACGUCUCUGGCCGAGGAGGCACAGUCGCUCAAAGAUGAGAUGGACGUGCUGAGGCACUCGUCUGAUAAGGUGUCGAAGCUGGAGGCGCAGGUGGAGGUGUAUAAGAAGAAGCUGGAGGAUCUGGGUGAUCUGAGGCGGCAGGUGAAGCUGCUGGAGGAGAAGAACACCAGCUACAUGCAGAACACCGUGACACUGGAGGAAGAUCUGCGCAAGGCCCACGCCGCUCGAGCACAGCUGGAGACAUACAAGAGACAGCUGCUGGAGCUUCAGAACAAGCUCUCAGAGGAGUCCAAGAGAGCAGACAAGAUGGAGUUUGAGUAUAAACCAGUGAAGGAGAAAGUGGACUCUCUUCAGAAGGAGAAAGAUCGCUUGAGGACGGAGCGAGACUCUCUGAAGGACACGAUUGAGGAGCUGAGGUGUGUUAAAGCUCAAGAGUCUCAGCUGACAUCAGGUUUGGUGCCUCUCAGCAGUCACGAGCCGUCGGAUCUGCUGUCUGCAGAGAUCAUCACAGCAGAGUUUCGGGAGCGUCUGAUUGGCCUGCAGCAUGAGAACAAGAUGCUGAAGCUGGCUCAGGAGGGAUCAGAUAACCAACAGAUCGCUCUGCUGCAGAGUUUACUGGAGGACGCCAACAGCAGGAAGAACGAGCUGGAGACGGAGAACAGGCUGGUGAACCAGAGGCUGCUGGAGGGUCAGUCUCAGGUGGAGGAGCUGCAGAAGUCUCUUCAGGAACACGGAUCCAAAGCAGAAGAUGAUGUGAGUCCAGCCGUUCAGCACACGGUGCUCAUGAAGAGGAAGUGUCAGGAACACCUGUGA